CGCUGACCAGAGAAAACACCCGAUAGCGAAUGCGAGAGGGGAUUUAAAUGAGACAAAUACAGUCCGCUUUACUUGACGGACGAGGUGGCUGUCUGCUGGUCCUCAAGCGGGUUGAGCUGGUCCGCCAGUAGGUCUGUCAAAGAGCCAAUUUAACACCGAUUCAGCGCGACGCCAGUGAGGUUGUAAUGUCUGCUUGUUUUCACUUGUUUCCCCUGUAGACCUCGCUUCCUGUUAGCCUCGGGCUCGCCGGAGAAAAGAAAAAUCGACAUUGUGUUCAUGAGCGAGCGGGUGUAACUAGCCCACGCAGAAGUAGCUAGUUUUUCCAGCCUAAUUAUUAUUUUCAAACAGUUUUAUGUUAAGACUUGUUUUAUAACCAGUAUCCGGGUACCUGGGUCCCUGUAGUUUGCUAACGCUACAGCUAGCCAUCUUCUUGCUUGUGUUGACGGAUUGAAGUGUUUAAUUUUGUUUAUUUAAAGGCGACGAGCUAACGACAUUAACGUAGGUCUCCACAAGUCGACCAGGACUCGUAUUCGUGCCUUUAAACCACUUUAUUUAGCUGCCGGGGAGCCUGACGGCUUUCACUGUGAUUAUUAGACAAAAGGGAAUUGGACGCUUCUCACUAAGAAGAAACGACAAGAAGAUUUUGUUUCAGUGUAUCUUUAUGCAACUGCUGUGUUUUUAAACGCCUGUGAAAAGUACUACUAACAAAUAGUAUUUUUGUUGAGUGGGAGCGGAUCUGAUAUGGUUGUGCUUCCCUAAAAAAAAAAAAAAGAGAAACCCGCGGCUGCUUCCACGUUUUAAUUAAUUAAACAUUCGUUUAAAUGCUCCUGAAAGUAACCGAGCAGCAUCAGAAAUAACCAGAGAGCUUCAGGCGGCCACCUCACUUCACCCACCACCGACUCUCCGGCCAUGGACCCACCAAGAACCCGGUCGCGGUCUCGGUCUGGCUUCUACCACUUUGCCCUGAACGGAGGAGGCGCAGGAGGAGGCAGCGCUGUCGGGAACGGGAGCCUGAUGAGCUCCAGCGGAGGAGGAGGAGGAGGUCUGAAUUACCCUCCGCAGAGCAACACCGGCUGGGCGCCACACCACGGAGGACGGAGCUACUCUGAGAUCCAGCAGCCUCCGCAGCAGCACGGCCAGGGGAGCUACCUGCCCGCGGGGGUGCAGCGCCACUCGGCACACGCGGCUCACAGGCACCCCGGGGCUGGAGGUGCGUUUCAUUUUCACCCAGAUAAUGUGUGCAGCGAGGAUCGAGACAAACUGGAGGACAGCCCCAGCCCGAAGCGGCAGCGCCUUUCCCAACAGUCCAUGUUGGAUCUAAGCUCCGCCCCUCUGUCCACUCCAUCCUCUCCCAUCCGACCAUGGGAGCUGCCCCCUAACCGCAGACCACACCCCCACUACAUGCCCGAGAGAUGCCACACACCUGUUAGAAACCGCCGCAGCCCUCCAGUGAGACGUCAGCGUGGCCGAAGAGACCGCCUUGCUCGCCACCACCAUCACCACCACUACAAUAGCAGCAACAAUCACCACUGCCACCAACCCCCCGCAGGUCACCACCAUCACCCCCAACUCCCUCACUCCCACCACGGCCUAUCCCCUGGCCAUCAGGAUGAAAACUACCGCCACCCUCCUCAAUACCCCCCCUACAGCCAGCCACCUCAACGAGGGCUGGGGUCCGGCCCUGAAGAGCGCCUGGCUUACCGUCCCCCAAACCCCUCCCCGAGGCCUCUUCACCAGUCGCCGAACCUGUCUCCCAGGCUUCUGCACGUUGGGCCUCAUCCACAGCACCCGCACCCCAACCCAUCCCAGCAACAGAGCAGCGGCCUCCUGGACAUCCAGGAGCAGGGUUUAGCUCCAGUAUCGUAUCCUGUGUCUCCACUGGGCGCCCUGCCCGGCCUGCCCCCUCGCUCGGCCCCGCAGCAGAUCCCAGCAUGCUCGGUUGUUUUCAACGGGCAGCAUUAUCCCGUCUGCAGUGUUCCUCCUCCUGUUAUUCAGACUUGUUCUGUCCAGCAUUUGCCCAUGCCCUACCCAUUUACAUCACUACUUUCCAGUGAUCCGUCCUUCUUGAUUCCUCCUCCCCACCUUGCUCAUCCUUCCACACACCUUCCCCACCAUCCACCCCACCUGCCUCAGACAGCACAAUUUGGACCUUAUCCAGCUCAGCAGGCGCGAUCGCCUUUACAGAGGAUAGAGAAUGACGUCGAGCUGCUUGGAGAGCACUUGUCUCUGGGCGCCGGGCUCCAUUAUUCUCCUGCUGCACACCCAGCCCUCACCCCUCACUCCACACAGCUUCACUUCCUCUCCCAUGAUCCUCUGCCACAGGAGUUCUUUGGAGUGUCCUAUCCAAACUUCAUCCCUCGGCGUCUCCCAGGGCGGCGUUACCGUUCACAACAGCUUCCACCUUCGCCUUACCACCCCAGCCUCUUGCCUUACUUUCUCUCAAUGCUGCCAGUCCAGCCCACAGGUCCUGCCAUCAGCCUGGAGCUGGAUGUAGAUGAUGGGGAGGUGGAGAACUAUGAGGCCCUCCUGAAUCUUGCCGAGCGCCUGGGAGAGGCCAAACUCCGAGGACUGACCAAGGGAGACAUCGAGCAGCUUCCCUCUUACCGAUUUAAUCCAAACAAUCACCAGUCGGAACAAACACUGUGUGUGGUGUGCAUGAGUGAUUUUGAGUCCCGACAACUGCUGCGAGUGCUGCCCUGCAGCCACGAGUUCCACGGGAAGUGUGUCGACAAGUGGCUGAGGGCCAACAGGACGUGUCCCAUUUGUCGAGCCGAUGCCUCGGAGGUCCAGAGAGACUCGGAGUGACCGCAGGAGGGAGCCGUGCUCUCCCUGCUGUUCGUCAAACAUCCAUCACUGCCUGCUAGUCGUGAAUUGAUGCACAUCUGCACACUCUCUCUCUCUCUCUCGCGCGCGCGCGCACACACACACACACACACCUCCAUUGUUGUCAUUUUCUUUUUCAAAAUUAAAGCAUUGUAGAUUUGUUGUUUAAUUUUGUUUUAUCAUUACUGGUAAAUAUUUCCCAUGCACUCCAUUCUUUUCUGUACACUCUCAUAGACCCUCACUUUCAAUGAAUGA